AUGGUCACCCCGCUUCGUGUAUCAACGUGGAUCGUCGAUAUAUCUGGUUGGGAUCCUGAUCCAAUGGAAUGGGACAACACGUUGAACCUGUUCUCUGCUGGAAUCCAAGCCAAAAUUCGUUCUUAUCAUCAUCGAAUCGAUGCCAAAAGAUCACUGGUCGGGAAAUUAUUAGUGCACAAGAUCGUCUGUUCAGCUUAUUCAAUCCCUUGGAGUCGAAUCAAGUUCUCGACGAAUUCGGAUGGCAAGCCGUACUUGGACACAGAACUCCCGCCUGACUGUCGGUUCCAUUUCAAUAUCUCCCACGAUGGGUGCAUGGUGGCGUGCUGUUUCAGUCAAGAAUUAUUGACUCAAUCGAUCAAGAGUGAUCAACCAGAAACUCGACUGUCUCGGGGUAGUAGUAAUUGUAUUAAUACUCGUCAAGAAAGCCACGAGAUAGGGGUGGAUGUGAUGGAAUAUAAGCUCCCAAGAAGCGAGAAAACCGUAGAAGACUUUCGCUCAUUAUUAGAAGAACAUCUGAGUCCAAAGGAGAAAGAGCUGAUCGGCCAAAGAACAGCCGACUUGAAUCCAAGAGAUAUCCAAGAGGCUUCUGUCUUGGAUGGGUUACUUCAAAUCUGGACGUUCAAAGAGUCGAUCAUCAAGGCCUUAGGGUGUGGAUUAAGAAUGGAACUUUGCUCGAUCAGUCUCAGUAAUCUAAUUAGCCAUCCGGAAAUCAAUCUGGGCCCUCUCGAGUCCGCCGACGCUACAAUGAUGCAGCAGGGCUUCAUCUUACCUGACAGAUCAUCUCAGCUAGUAGCUUCAUUCAAUGACCAGGAGGAUCGGACCUGGAAAUUUUGGAGUGCGGUAUGGACAGGCCCAGGGGCAGACUCCAAAUACAUCCUGUCGGCUGCUAUCAAAUCAUUUUGUCCUCAAAUCAUCUCCUCUGAUAGCCCAUUGAUCCAUCGGGUAACGCUUAAGACCGUCUCAGAACUUACACCAUUUGACUGA